AUGGAAAAUGAAAUUGUUUCAAAUAUCUUUGGAAUCUUGGGUUCCAUUAUUUGGUCUGUCCAAUUAAUUCCUCAAAUUAAAUUAAACUACAAGAAUGCAUCUACUCAAGGUCUAUCACCAUAUUGUUUCAUGUCAUGGUACUUGUGUGGUUUGAUUUUAGGAACUUAUCUCAUCCAUGAAAAGUCUCCAGUCUCGCUUAUCAUCCAAAUCCUACUAUUUACUUCCUUUUGUUUAAUCAUUAUUUUUCAAUAUUUAUUUUAUGAAAAACAAUUCCCACGUAAAAAGUUGGGUAUUUGGUUUAGUGGAACAUUGGUGAUAUCAGUUGCUGUCGGAGGUAUCAUCUAUGGAGUGAUGAGCGCAGCUACCAAUGGUAGACCAGACAACAAGGUGGUUUCAACCAUUGUCACCGUGUUGGCAACCACUCUCAUGUUUGUUGGGUUUUUACCACAGAUCAAAGAGAUCUAUGACCGUAAAUCAUCGGUUGGUAUUAGUAAGAUCUUUGUGGUGAUGGAUGCAUGUGGUGGUAUCGCAUCGAUCUUGUCGCUGGCAUUUGAUUUGCCAUUUGACUUUUUUGCUUUUAGCACCUAUGUCGUCGUUCCUAUCUUUCAAGCUGUCCAGUUUGUCAUGUUGAUCUACUAUGACCACUUUUACACUGGUAAGGGUCCACGUCACCAAAUUCCAGAUUCUACUCCCAGUGUCGGUGGAUUCGAUGAUCAAGAGGAUACUACCACUGGUGGCCAAAACAUCGAUAUGGAUGAAGGAGACGCCAACUUUGGAUGUCCCCCUAUUGUCAUGCAAAAGCUCAUCUCACACGACCAAAUCAUCGAUAUGGAUAGAUCACCAGUGAUCCUAGCCGCCACCAUACUCGAUAAGAAUAAUCAACAAUUCCAACAAUUACAUCAACAAAUUCGUCCCGUCGAAAUUAAUAUUUAA